AUGGCGACACCAUUCUCUAAAAAUAACUUGGGUGCGACACCCACUCAAUAUACAUCUUCACCCCAUCCAUCUGCUGUACCUAUGGGCCGCCCGCUCUCACACAAAUCCCCUUCCAUGAAAACACCAUCUGCCUCGGGACACGGGCAUCAAAACCAUCCCAGUGCACCGUCAUACAGCAUUCCUACACCGCUUCCUAUGACAGCAGCAGGGCUUGAAGAUCCUGCCAUGUUUAGCUCGCCAUCAGCACUAAUUGCUCUUGGUCUGAGUGGAAUAACACCAUCCCCAGCAGCACAAGAUGUGCUUGGCGUACAGGGUAUGGCCGACAGUGACGUUCAUGCCCUGCCGAUUCCCCCUUUAGGCAUAGCCAAGGAUAUCGACGAAGAGAGAAGAAAAAGAAUCGAUGAGGUUGUGGCGUUACUGCGAACUAGAGUUGCCGGAAGGGGGGUAUGUCGUGAAAGUGUGGAACGCCUGGGUAGACUUGAGGGUUUGGAGUGUAUGUGGCAAGAUAAUGACCUUAGCAUAGCCGGGAACUCCGUUGAUUUGGAGAUUGAGUUCCAGCCCGGCCAGGAGAUUGUCACAAAUGUCACUUUGAGGUAUGCUACUCCUGACGCCCCAGAGGGUGAGAGGAGAGCAGAAGCAUCAGAAGUAUUGAGGCGGAAUCUGGAACAAACACCUGGAGAUCAACAGAGUGGGCGCUGGAAACCAUUGGGAGAGUUUCAUGAGAAUCUACGUCGAUUAGCAAUAAUGGAUCAACUGAGUAGAGAGGUUAAUUGUUUUGAGGCUACGGAAGGUGUUUACGAGUCCUUAAAAAGGGUAUGGAUCGAGGAAAAGAACCGCGGUAUGCAUCGAGGAGACUGGGAGCAUUUAUGCAAAGGAUGGGUCGGACGGCCGUCUCUACAUGGCGGAAAGCACCUUGGACUUGUCCUCGACUACUGGGCAGAACAGAACCGAAUGCUUGAUUCCGAAGAACGUACGUCAGAAAAUAAGAUGGACACUGAUAAGCCACCUAAUGGUGACAAGAAUUCUCACCCGAAUCUAAAGCUUUGGAGCGCUGCAGUCGAAUGUGAAAUUGGUUAUCCUCCAGUUCGGAUAUCAAAGGACUGGGUGGCGGAAGUUGCUUUCACGGAAAUUGAUACCCAAGACGGUAACGAUACUGCUAAAAUUAAUAUGGUCAAUUGGGUCGAACCUCCAACUACGUUAGUAUCAACUCUAAGUAGCAACCCGCAAUCUGCACUAGACCCGCCUAUGCUAUCUGGAACAACCCCAAAUGUUAGAUUCGCCGCGCGACUUGAACCUCCAGUUGCGAUGCCCACAUUGGUUGCAUCGGAGGUCUACCGAGUUCUCGGGCUGAACAUGGCCCAGGAAUUGAAAAUUACUACCUAUGAUUUGCUUGUUGUUCCUCCCCAUAUUGACCGUCUCGAUUUUCUAGAUAUAGAAGCCAAGCAGUCAUUACACGAGAGAGAGGUUUAUCGCAUUGACGAGCACGGAAAAGCGAUAGGCCGACCACAUCUGUACACUUUCAGUGCUGUUGAACAAGUUCCGGGCCGCACAAUCAGUGAGUUGCCGUUCGCACAUCCACGGCAGAUAUCAGAAAUCCUUCCAGUUUUAAGACAGUAUGCUCUGCUUUCUAACCUCUUGCAGAGAGUAUUCAACGAUUCCACGGCAGAUCCCAGGACAAACCGCUCGAUCUCGCCUGAGAAACCAGAGCCUCACGUCUUCACAGAAUCUACACCUGACGGAUAUUACAUCAGCAACAUUAAUCCCACGGAACGUCAGCUCGACUCAAUGUUAUUGAAGACCAGAAGGGGCGGUUUCCGCUCUUCUCCUUCAGACACUCAGACACUUAGACCUCUACCAGCUGAGACGGGUCUUAGAGCGGACAUCUCACUCCGAACGCCAAUAGGAGGUGUGCCAUCAAUUAUCGUAGUUUUCAGUGUUGAUGAAACUCUGCUAAACAAUGAGCCAACCUUGCCAUAUGCCGUGUCAGAAAUGACACCUCAAACUGUAAUGAUGAAUGUGGAAAUUCGUCUCAAUGGAACUAUCAGUAUAUCCGAAGUUUCAGGCCUAUGGCAGGAUGAACAUGAUAAUAAAACCGAGGCUGAAAGGAAAACUUUCUGUGCAAAAGCUUCGAAGGUUCUUGAAACUUGCGAGGAUGUGGGACUGCUGAUCGAAUGGGUUGUGAGGUGGAUGAGGAAGCAGAACAAAAAGUGA